AUUAUAUGGGAACGCACGGAUCUACUGUACCCUCUGGCCGUUGGUGACCAAAUAUUUUCUCCUGACGCGCGAAUUCAAGUCCACCGCCUCUCCCCGAACGAAAGUCAACUCGUCAUUGUCAACGCAACGAACCACGACGCUCAUAAGUAUCGGUGUCGAGGCAGUGCACAGAACCGCCCCACCUGCGCCAGCCAGACGUGCAUUCAGGAGAAGGCCUUCGAGCGGACGUUCAACGUCGUCCACGGCAAAAGGCCCUCGGCAUCAAUGCAAGUUAGUGACUCGGGUGGAUCCCGUUCCAAUGUGCGAUCCAAAGUAACAAUAUUGGGACCGCAGCUAGCGUUUUAUGGAAUGCCACUGGAGCUGAUAUGCAGGGCAAACUUCUCCUCAACUGAGGCCAAAAUGGAUCCGUCCAUCGUGCUGGAAUGGUACCACAACGGUGUCCGGAGGCGUGCCAGUCGUGUGGAAUCGGGCGGAACCUACGUGUCGAGUCGUUGGGUCGACUCCAACCUCCUGGAGUCGCGUCUCCUGAUCACGUGGACGUCGGAAAAGGACGCCGGUCGAUGGAACUGCGUCGAGCGAAGCGCCAUGAUCAGGCGACUUCAGGAGAAGGACCUCGGCACUAAUGACUCUGGAACUGGAACCACGUCUAGACCGACGCACUCGCGUGCCUGGACCAGCACACCGCCGAUGUCUUUCGACCAACUCAAUCUGCAGGUCAUUGCGCCUCCACCGCUUGUGGCGUUCGCCACGAAGGUGGUGACCACUGCCUCAGCGGGCAGCCAGGAGCCUCUUCACCACUCGAAGACUCCCAAAUUCCGACGGUACCUUCAGCUGGCGGAGUCGGCCGGAGGCAGGGGUGUUCGGUGGCAGGUCACCUCGGCGUCUGACAACUCUGAGCCUCUCUGCCGUCACCUCUGGAGAUUUCAGCUUGUCGUUUUCGUUCUCCACGGAAUCACCUAG